AAGUCUGUUUUGGGCUCCCUGUGUUUUCCCAUGAUCUCCUAAUGUCUCCUGAUUAUCGUCUCGUGCUUGACAUUUGAACCUAAACUUGUUCUUCUGUGUAAAAGAUGUCGUCUGAAAGACCAGAACCGCUCUCAGGAAAAGACGAAGGGUCCUAUGCUUACCUCACGAUUCGAGACAGAAUGCCAACCAUCCUUACCAAGGUGAUAGAUUGCAUCCACCGUAAGGCAACAGAGUAUACCAGAGAAAACAAACAGGAACAUGCUCAAGAUGCGAGAGAUAUUGUAGGUCGGCUUUCAAAACUGAAUUAUGAAAUGAAAACUAACAAGAAGCUGUCAAUGGUUGAAGAUACUAAAAAUGAUGCUCAUCUCUGGAAUGAGUUCUUAAAAAACGCCACAUCCUUGGUGGAUGGAAGCAAGAUUUCUUGGUUUUCUGGAGCUUGGCUCACUUGUGAAUGUUUUAUGUAUCGCAAAAUAUAUGAGGCAUUAGCACUGAGUAAACUUCAUCAAGAUUUUGACCCAUUCAGGGAACAGAAACAAGCGUCUUUCAUGUCGCAGCAGGACAACAUAGCUUCCCUUGCCAAUAUUCUUGUAGCUAGUCUUGAUGCUUUCUCAGAAUCUAGUAUUUCUAAAACACAAGAACUACACUUUGAAAUGUUCCUGCAGUUUUCACUUUGGGGCAACAAGUGUGAUCUUUCAAUUUCUGGUGGAGAAGUUGUUGCUGAGAACGCUGGUCUGUCAUUAAAGCUUGAAGAUCUGAGAAAACAUAUACUUGUCAACAACACUAGUAGAAUCUGGCAAACACUUCAAGAUCAAAGCAACCAGAGGAUUGACUUCAUCUUAGAUAAUGCUGGCUUUGAACUUUUCACAGACCUUUGUCUAGCUGAAACCUUGCUAAAUUUGAAUAAGGCACAAGUGAUCUUCCUUCAUCUGAAAGAUUUUCCUUGGUUUGUCUCAGACACGACCCAAGAGGAUUUUUUCUGGACACUUAAGAAAUUGAAAGAAUCUGAUGUAGAAUCUCUCUCCAAACUGGGGCACAGAUGGGAAGAACGCAUCCAAAAUGGUUCAUUUGUUUUAAAGAAACACUUUUAUUGGACAUUAUGUCAUGAUUUUAGCCAAAUGAAAUCAACAGCCAGUGAAUUAUAUGAUGAAUUAGCCAAAUCAAAGUUGUUGCUGUUUAAAGGUGACUUGAGCUACCGUAAAUUAGUAGGUGAUCGUAAGUGGCCACACACAAUGCCCUUUGCUGAGGCGCUGUGGGGCUUCUAUCCAGCUCCGCUGUGUGCUUUGCGCACAAUCAAGGCUGAGGUUGUUGUUGGUUUAGAGGAAGGAAAGGACGAUGCUGUCGAAGCAGUAGAUAAAGACUGGAUGAUUACAGGGACGUAUGCAGUCAUAGAAUUUCAUCAAUAAACUAUGUGUUUAAAGGAUUAAUCAUUAUAUUGCAUUGCAAGCUGUUCCUUUUCCCACCUGACCACAUUUAGGUACAGUAAGCAAAAUCAAAAUAAUAUUGUAAAUUAUAAUGAACUUGAACUCUUACAUUGUGUUACGACAGUACUAAGCCCUUAAAGGUGAAAAGGGGUUUCUCUAAGGGUCAGAGAAUGCUGCAGUAAAAAUUGUUUUAAUUAUGAUUUAUAGAUUAGUAUUUUAUAAAAUGUUCACUUUAUAGAGUCUUUGGCUAGUUCAUGACCUUCUCCCAUCAUAUCAAAACUUUAUGAAACCCUUGGACGAAAUUUUAAAAAAGAUUUCUGUACAGAACCAAUGACAUCCUUAAAAUUAACCAAUCAUGGUGUGUGAGAUGGCUACCCAUCCAAUGAAAAAGCUUGAGCACGAGACCAUCUCCAGGGCUAAAAAUAACAGCGAGUCAUCAGACAAUGUCUGGCAAGAAUUGGAACUUGUCCAGUCAAAUCUUUGCCUUGCUGAUUUUGACGAGUAAAGUUGAGAGCCAGAAACAUAGUAUGAUUGAACUAAAACUAUUUUGGUUUGACGUCAUGACUGGUAACUGACUAGCUGUUAUUUUUAGCCAUGAGUCUUCGUCAGGGCACCUCUUGUACCAUGAGUUUUUUUAUGGACUUUAUUGAGAGACUGCUUCUCUUAUUUAUUUGUACUAUUAAAAAUCUAUCUAACCUUG